GACCCCGCUCGCCCACCCGCAGCCGCAGUUAGCUCGCUUCCCACACUUGACACUCCCCCACCCACCCCACUGCCUUCUCCUCCAGUGUUCCUCUCACCACCCGGCGACCCCCAACCCCACCACAGCCGCCACCACCGCCGCCGCACCCCAGCGGCCCGGCCAAAACAACAAGGUGAAAUCGCACGCGGCCACGCCCACGGGUCACUGACUCACGCGCCGCGCGCCGGGACACACGUUCGGCGGGGCAGGCCACGAGACGGGAGCGCGGCGAUCUCCCCCGACCCGCGCAUUACCCGAGCGCGCUCGCGUCCGCGGCUGAGGAGGGCCCGAUGGUGGGCGGCGGGGGGCGCCGCGCGGCGACGGCGGCGGCUCUCGGGCGGUGGUGCCUGGUCAUCCUGGCCGUGGCCUCCGCGCUCGGGGUCUCCGGCCCCGCCUUCUACUGGCGCUACAAGAAGGGGUUCUCCGCCUCGCCCUCCUCCUUUGCGGCGGCGUCGUCGGCCCCCGCGUGCCCGCCUUGCAGCUGCGACUGCCCGGCGCCCCUCUCCCUCAAGUCCAUCGCCCCAGGGCUUGCCAACUUCUCAACAACAGAUUGUGGAAAAAAUGACCCUGAGCUUGCUAAAGAAAUGGAGAAACAAUUUGUAGAUCUCCUCAAUGAGGAACUCAAGCUCCAGCAGGUUGUAGCCGAGGAGCACAGCCAUCACAUGAAUGCCACUCUUGUUGAAGCGAAAAGACAGGCUACUCAAUACCAGCGAGAGGCAGAGAAGUGUAAUGCAGCCACAGAUACCUGCGAGGAAGCUCGGGAGCAGUCUGAGGCAGCAAUUUCAAAGGAGAAAAAACUCACGGCGCUGUGGGAACAACGAGCUCGGCAACUAGGUUGGCAAGAGUCUCGAGCCUCAAGCAUGUGAUAGCUUGACUAGUUCUGCAUCGGUUUCUCUUCUUCAGGUAAAAUUAUUUCUGGUAGUUGCAAGUGUCACAUCUUGCAGCCAAACCGAGCGCAGUUAAUUGUACGGAUCCACUUGUAAUUCUGUCUACGUAAUCUCAGUUGCCAGUUUUUGAGUCCCAACAAUGUAGUUCCAGCUUCCCUACAAAUGUAACUAGUAUACACCUGUCUAGAUAUUUUGAAGUUUCUGAUAGUGCUGUUGGAGACAUUGAAUUCAGUGUUUGUGGUUGUGGAGACCUAACUGUUGUAGACAUUCAAUUCAAAUGUCGAUACGGAAAUGUACACAUUUGAAGGCUGAGCUGUAGAAUCAA